GAACAUUAAAUUAAAAAUUGAUCUAACACAAUUUUUAAUUUUAUAUUUUUAAUUUUUAUGCUUUAUAGCUAAUCGGUAUUCCUGUUAUAAAUUAUAAUUUGAAUAACAAUUCACAGUUGCCAGUUAAUAUAAUAAUAUGGCUACACAUUAUUGUAGAAAAAUAUUUGGUAAAAAUCUUACUCACAACUUAAAAACUAGAAUUUGUCCAUCAUAUCUAUCAACAUUACCUAAAUCACAACUUGAUGUUGCACAAGAUGAACAAUUUUUACCUGAUGAGUCCAAAUUUAAGUUGUCCAACCCAGAUGCUUUUGAUGUAAAAAGUAUGGUUAGAAUUAAAAGCCUAUUUGAAGCUGGCGUGCAUUUUGGUCAUACAGAAGGAACAUUGGAUAAUAGAAUGAAACAAUAUUUGUAUGGUAACAGAUUAGGACAUUUAAUUAUAGAUCUAAAUCAUACUAAAAGACUUCUACAACAAGCCCUUAAUGUAACUGCACAUAUAUCAUACAGAGGUGGAGUAAUUUUGUUUUUGUGUCAGUCACCCCUUAAUUGUCUGACCGUUGAAAAUUGUGCAAAAGAAUGUGGUGAAUUUGCUCAUACAAGAUAUUGGCGCGAUGGUAUGUUUACAAACUCUUCAAGGAUUUUCAAAUCUGAAACCAGAUUGCCUGAUCUGUGCAUAGUAUUAAAUACAUUGAGCAGUACAUCUAAAAACAAUAGUGGACAACAUAGUGUUCUCUCUGAUGCUGCAAAAAUGUUAAUACCAACUAUUGCUAUUGUUGAUACAGAUGCUAAUCCUAAUAUUGUUACAUACCCAAUACCAGGCAAUGAUGAUACACCAAGUGCUAUAAAUCUUUAUUGUGAUUUAUUUAAAAAUGUUAUUCUUAGGGCUAAAAAAGUUAGAAAAGAAAUUUUAGAUAAAAACAAAAUAUCAGUGUAAUAUAAAAAUGUAUUUGUAUUUAAAGUUGUUGGAAAAAAAAAUAAUAUAAUGAAUAAAAAUUAGUUUAAACUAAAAUGCGUUGAUAUCUUCAAGUUUGAACGUUAACGUUUUUAAAUCUAAUUCAUUGAUUGUCUCGCAACUUAUUAAUAGCUUUGUAGCCGUAGAGUUCAUAAAAUCUGUAAAAUAUAGUUGAAUUUUUAAUUAUUCAAAUCAAUUUAAAAUAAUGAUCAUAUUAAUAUAUUCUAUAUUUUAUAUUUACACAUUAAAUCAUUAUUAUUUUAAUAUACUCACUAAAUUUAAAAAAUAUUAAUAUUGUAUCAACACGUUGAUCGCUUGUGGUCACACAUGGCUGUUUUUCCUACAGGGCUAAGCUUAAUUUUCAAUGUCGUGCAUUUUGAAUAAAUAUUUUUUUUUAUUUAUUAUAUAAUACUAUUUGAUAAUUUUUAAUUUAUUUUAGGUAACUGAUAAAUUAUAAUUUGGUAAAAGAAAUAUGAUGAUGGAUAGAACCAAUAAAAUUUAUAAUAACAGAUAACUGUAAAAUCAAUGUAUUCCUCUAUUUGUUCAGAAUUAGAUCAACUAUUACACACAAUCUAAUAAUGCAUAAUUGCAACAAUUGUUUAUUGAUCUUAAAACGUUGUUUGUUAUUUUAAGGCUUA